AUGAUGAAGAGACCGUGGAAAUUAUGACUUACACUUGUAAUGUAUGCCGAAAAAAUUAUAAUAACUGGGAGAAACUGAUUCUUCAUAAGUACUUUAAACAUAAAUCUAACUUACCUUAUAAAUGUGGUAUUUGCAAUAAAUCCUUUGUAUUGAAUAGUCAUCUAAACCAGCAUUUACUAAAACAUGAUGAUUAUCAACAAACUAUGCGUCCUGUAGCUGUUCAAACUUCAUCUAAUAUUAGUUUUAACAAAGUUCCUACAACAUAUAAAAGAUUUCAAUGCACUAAAUGCAUCUACAAAACUAAAACUGCAGAAAAACUAUCAUAUCAUUUAUCAGUUUGUGAUGGUUCAAUAGAACCCACGACUGAUACUGAUACAAAUGAAUGCAAUGUAUGCAUGAAAAACUUUUUUUCUAAAGGUCAAUUAAACAAACAUUUAACUUAUCACAAUUCCAUCUCAAAUUUAAAUGUUCAAGUUUCUCAUAGAAAUGUUGUUGAUAACCAACAGCCAGUUGGUUUCUCAAGCAAUCAAGAAACCAUGAAUUCAUCGACUAAUGGAGUACCAAAUACUAGAAGUACCGCCCUAAACAAAUUUUUGGAAUUUAAAUGUUUAUAUUGUAAAGUAGCUUGCCGGUCUAAACGCACAAGAAUUAAUCAUAUUAAAUCCCAUCACCCCAAUCAAGUAGUUGUUGAAAAUAACUCAUCUAAGUUGCCCACGACACCAUGUCAAUGGUGUGACAAGGUAAUUACAAAACGUAACUUGUUACGCCAUAUCAAAUCAAAACAUCCCAAUGUUAAACCAUUUGAUUGUACUUUCUGCUCUAUGAAGUUUAAAUUAUUGUGUGGAAAGAAAGUUCAUAUUUCCAAAUGCCAUGCAACAAAUUAAAAAUAAUGUUUAUAUUCAAGAUACAAAACAUUAAUUAUUUGAACUCAUUUUCUUUUAAAAAGACUUAGGUUAUUAAGUUCCAGUUUCUAAUAAUAAUUAUUAAAAUAAAAAAAUGUGUAUAAUAAUGUAUUGGGGUCUGACCACACAGGAAUUUGUUGCAGCAUAUUAGCAGCCAAAAACAUGAUUUAAUGGAGCGCGUAUGCAUUAAAAUCAUGGCUUUGAAAUUUUCUAGUUUCUAUUCUCAAAAUUGUUUAUGUAUGGCCAGGCUCUUAUAAGCUCACAUUUAUAUGUACAUAACAUAAUGUUAAGAUGACUAACUGCCUGUUACAUCAAUAAUUGCAUUAUUCAAAUAUUUGUACAAACAAUGUAUAUUUAUUCAUUUUUUAUUUAUCCUAAUUGUUCAAUUUUACUCUCUAUUUUUAUUUGUAAUUUUCAUUAGAAUAAAUCAUUUUACUAUUUAUUAGGUGAAUAACCUGAUUAGAUUAAUUAUUGAUAGUUUUUAUAUGUACAUGCUGAAUGGCAUUAAAUAAUUUUAAAGAUUGCUUUCAGUAAUAAUAUGUGUGUGAAAUUUAAGUGUGUCAACUUUUGUGUAACUCUAUAAAUAUAAUUGUAUUUUUGUUUAGUUAUUAGGUAAUUUUUUUCAUUCUUAUUGUACAAAAUGAACAAAUAAUUGAAAUUAAGUAUUCACUGUAAAUACCAACACUAAAAUAUAAAUCUUGAUUUAUUGUAUACAUUAUGUAUUAUAUUUUUAAAAUAAAAACAUUUUUUUUUUGUAUAUAAUUAAGUCUUACAAAUUUAAUUGUUAAUUUAAUAACAUGUGC